AUAGAUUUUCAUUCUGAGAGGAUAAGACCUGAAGGAUGUGUCACACAAACCGGAAAUGAACUUCAGCCGAGGACAAACGGCCCUGUGUUCGCUGACUUCCGGCACAAAGGAUGAUGGCCAUGUCUGUAGAGUAACACGAGAGAGAAACAUGCAUUUACAAGUUCUGCAAACAUGAAGCCUCCUAGUGUAAUUUUAGCCUUUUCAUUAUUAAUUCUAAAUCUAGGAACUAACUUCGCACUUGCUCAAGACACGUCGGGAGAAUCUGAGUUCAAAUAUCCGACCGUUUUACUAUCAGUGAUCGCUAGAAAUGCGGCCCAUCUACUGCCGAAUUGGUUGGGAUGCAUCGAGAAUUUAGACUAUCCAAAAGAUCGAAUCUCAAUUUGGAUUACGUCAGACCACAAUGAGGAUAAUACAACAGAACUUCUGAAGGAGUGGGCCAACAAUGCAAAGCAUUUGUACCACAGGGUGACCAUGAAUUUUACAGGCUCUCCUAGUAACUAUGGUGAUGUUCUUGAGGCUUCUGAUUGGACAGAUGAACGCUAUGCACACGUAGCAUACCUGCGUCAAUUAGCUUUAGAUACUGCUAGAUAUUGGUGGGCUGACUAUUUAUUUGUUGUUGAUUGUGACAACUUUCUUUUUAAUCCAAUAACACUACGUCAACUUAUGCAUGAAGAGAAGACAGUGGUAUCUCCAAUGUUAGAAGUUUUUGGGAACAAGUCAGCUUACUCAAACUUCUGGGGUGGAAUGGAUGAAUCAGGUUACUACAAAAGGACAGAUCAAUACUUCACAAUCCUGAACAGAGAAAAAGUUGGGACCUUUGAAGUACCCAUGGUCCACUCCACAUACCUUGUUGACUUGAGGAGAAGAGCAUCAUCGGAGCUGCGGUACUACCCACCUCACCCUGACUAUCGUGGUCACCAUGACGACAUCCUGGUCUUUGCUCACUCUGCUAGGAUGGCAGGUGUCAAGCUCCAUAUCAUCAACAAGCAUAUUUAUGGUCACCUGAUUUUGCCAUUUGAAGCCAGAGAGUCUCUAGAGGACAUGCGGAUCCAAUUCCUUGAUGGCAAGCUAGGAUAUUAUGUGGAUCAUCCUGAACAUCUCAUGCCUCUCAGUCCACACUUGACUGUCCCUCCCGUCCCUGCUGACAAAUUGGGCUUUGAUGAGAUCUACAUGAUCAAUCUCAAGAGAAGACCUUUAAGAAGAAGACGGAUGAUGGCUUCGCUAGCUGAGCUCGGAAUUCAGGCUAAACCAGUUGAUGCAGUUGACGGAAAGGCCCUGACAGACGCGGAGGUGAAAGCGUUAGGAAUCAAGAUGUUACCAGGAUAUUAUGAUCCAUAUGGAAAAAGACCUCUGACUAUGGGGGAGAUCGGCUGUUUUCUCAGUCACUACAAGAUAUGGAAGGAGAUGAUAGAGAAGGGCCUGGAACGAGUCCUUAUCCUUGAGGAUGACGUCAGGUUUGAGCCUGACUUUAGGAGGAAGCUGCUGGCCAUGAUCGCGGACGCCAAUCAGCUGGAAUCGAAAUACAACUGGGACAUGAUCUAUCUAGGUCGUAAACUCUUCAUUGACGAUAAUUCCGAGCUCGUCCCGAACGCUAGCCGAGUGGCGUUCACUGACUACUCGUACUGGACACUCGGCUAUGUGCUGACUCUUUUGGGUGCUCAAAAACUGGUCAGCGUGAGGCCUCUUGAGCGCAUGCUUGCGUUGGAUGAAUUUCUUCCUAUAAUGUAUAACAAACAUAGCAAUUACGUAGGGCGGCGAAGGAUGAAGACGGAAUUGAUCGGUCACGUAGAGGGGUCGCAGUAUAUUAACUGGGUGAAUUACACGUGGUGGACUCUGGGAUACAUGAUUAAACUGGAGGGGGCCCGGAAACUAGUGUCUGCCAAGCCGCUGACCAAAAUGAUGGCCAUCGACGAGUUUCUUCCGAUCAUGUACGACAAGCAUCCUAAUGCAGAGUGGUCCGCGCAUUUCUCCCCCCGGAAUCUAGUUGCCAUGACAGCAGAGCCGCUAUUGUUGUACCCAACGCACUAUAUCGGCGACAAAGGAUACUUUAGCGACACCGAGACGGCCGCCUUUGUACCAGAGGAGAUACGUGACGCACAAGCGAAGAAAACUGAACUUUGACCAAAUCAACAGUCAGGAGAUCAACACUGACAAUCACAACCGCUCAGACGUACAAAUUGACCAACAACGCAGAGACAGAAAAAAAAAAGACCACUAGACGGGAAAAUAUGCAACAACUGAGAUGUUGACAAUAUACAACAACUGAGAUGUUAAUUAACAUUGAUUAAUAGACAACAGCUUAGACGUAAACAUCAACCAAAUGGAAAACAACUGAGACAAUACAACAACUAGGACGUAAACGUUGACCAACAGACAACAACUGUAACAAAAACAUUCAUCAAUAGACAACAAAUGAAGCGUAAACUUUGACCAAAAGACAACAACUGAACCUUAAAUAAUAACCAAAAGCAACUCUUACAUCAUGGUCUCUUGCCAAAAGACAACAAUUGAGAUUUAAACAAUGACCACUAGGCCACAAAUGAGACGUAAACAAUGACCAAAAGACGAUAACUGAUACGGAAACAUGACCAAUACGACAAUUGAGAAGUGAAAACAUUGAUCAACAUAACAACCAGGAGGUAACAAGAACAGAGAGAUGAAAAUCAAUACAAUUAAAAGGUGGAAAUUGAUGAAUGUUUGCUUCUGGCGGAAUAGUUGAUAGAGGAACAUACACUCGAUGGAUAAGACAAGAGUUGAUCAAAAACGAUGGUCCAAAAAGAAAUAUGAAAAAGAUGCCCCCAGACAUAAGAGCCCGUCCUAAGAAGACUUUUAACUUGUAAGAACAAUAUUUUAUGUAUCGUAAGGAUGAAAUAAAGUAAAGAUAUGUUUCUUCCUUUUC